AUGUCCCAGGUUGACCCGGGGGAUAAUGGGAGGGUAUUUGUGACGUCCCUGGUUGACCCGGGUGAUGGGGGGGUUAUUGGUGAUGUCCAGGUUGACCCGGGUUAUAAGGGAGUUAUUGGUGAUGUCCAGGUUGACCCGGGUUAUAAGGGGGUUAUUGGUGAUGCCCAGGUUGACCCGGGCAACGUUGAGAAGAAUAAAAAAGGUAACAUUGAGAAGACUAAAGAAGGCAGCGUUGAGAAGGCUAAAGAAGGCAGCACUGAGAAAACUAAAGAAGGCAGCACUGAGAAGACUAAAGAAGGUAACGUUGAGAAGGCUAAAGAAGGCAGCAUUGAGAAGACUAAAGAAGGCAGCGUUGAGAAGACUAAAGAAGGCAACGUUGAGAAGACUGAAGAAGGCAACGUUGAGAAGACUAGAGAAGGCAACUUUGAGAAGACUGAAGAAGGCAACGUUGAAAAGACUAGAGAAGGCAACAUUGAGAAGACCAAAAAAGGCAACUUUGAGAAGACUGAAGAAGGCAACUUUGAGAAGACUAAAGAAGGCAACGUUGAGAAGACUAAAAAGGCAACGUUGAGAAGAAUAAAAAAGGUAACAUUGAGAAGACUAAAGAAGGCAGCGUUGAGAAGGCUAAAGAAGGCAGCACUGAGAAAACUAAAGAAGGCAGCACUGAGAAGACUAAAGAAGGUAACGUUGAGAAGGCUAAAGAAGGCAGCAUUGAGAAGACUAAAGAAGGCAGCGUUGAGAAGACUAAAGAAGGCAACGUUGAGAAGACUGAAGAAGGCAACGUUGAGAAGACUAGAGAAGGCAACUUUGAGAAGACUGAAGAAGGCAACGUUGAAAAGACUAGAGAAGGCAACAUUGAGAAGACCAAAAAAGGCAACUUUGAGAAGACUGAAGAAGGCAACUUUGAGAAGACUAAAGAAGGAUUGAGGUCAUCAAGAAGAUGGCCUUAUC